UUGGGACAACCUAAUAGCUUAGUAAAAUCCGCAAACAUAACAUUUUUAGAAUCAUUUCCACCUUCAACGUCCAGAACUGCUUCCAGCGAAAAUGGGCCUUGCGAUUUGAGAAAGUACUCGAAAUUGUCUGUGCAGGACCUUAACUUGCUCCAGGAACUCAUCAAAGCGAAUGAACCUCUCAAGGCCCCCUUAGACCUACACUUCAACGGCGAGUUGAGCUUGAUGGAUGUUGUCAAAAUCAGCGAAGCUGCAUUGAAAAGGAUUGUUUGUAUGGCAAGAGAUCUGGCAGCUUUCCAAGGGUUGGACAUAGAAGACAAAAAGAACCUUAUGAAAGGCAGCUGCAGCGAAUUGCUAAUCUUGCGAGGAGUCAUGGCUUUCGAUCCUAACAAAAACACUUGGAAUCACAAUUUUAGCACGGUUUGUCAAGGCAUCAAAGGAAUGGAGGUCAAAUUGGACGUUCUCAAAAGCACAAAAGAAACGCAACACUACGAGGAACAUAAACGAUUUCUCAUUGGCUUCAAUGAACAGAUUCGGAGAAAUGAGUGUGUUAUGCUGUUGCUGAUGGCUCUCGUCAUCUUUCGUCCGGAUAGAGCGAACCUUGUUGACAAAGUUAGAGUUCGAGCAAUACAAAACACGUACUACGGGGUGCUGAGGAGGGUGCUCGAGUGCGAAUACGCGGCUAGUGAGGCUCUCAUCGUCUAUGAAAUGCUUGUGAGGAAGCUGGAAGAGUUGAAGCACUUGAAGGAAGGACUAGUCAGGAUUUACUACGGAUUCGACAGUCGCCAAUUAGAUCCGCUCAUCAAAGAGCUAUUCGAUAUGAUGUGA